AUGACCCCUUCGAGUUGGGGUAAUGUAGAUCUGAUCAGCGAGAUCUUCAAAACCACACCUUCUGGUGAUUCUGGACCUACGGAAAGUUCGGUGAUCCUAUAUUGUCCUAAAUCAAGAAACGGCACAAACCAAUCAGAGACUUUCACUGUGGAGAGAAAGUGGUAUGAUUCCGUCCAAUCUGAAGAUAUAGCUAAACAAGUUGACCUAGAACUGAAUUCGAUAUUUCAGAAUUGUCUGGAUCAGUAUCCAUAUUCUUGUCUCGGAAAUGGUAAGAUCAGAAUCCAAAGAGUAUCAAAUGAUGAUUAUGAUUCACUAAUGAAGAUCAAACGGUCUUUAUAUCCAAAGGGUAGGAAAGGGGUGAUGGUCAUUCCUCGAAAAUCCAAUUCUACAAUCAACAAAGAAAUUACAAAUGGAGGUAGAUUAACCGAGUUGGGCAUAACGAAGUCAAGUUAUAUGAAAGAUGAAGAAGAUCGAGAGAUGGCGUUGAAGGAGUUGAGCGAGUAUGCUAAUAGUACUGAACAAUCUAUCAAGGGUUGGCCAUUACGUGCGAUAUACCCUUUAGAUGAGAGGUUGGGCAAGAAAUUAAGGGAAUAUGAAGAUUAUGGGUAUGUGUUUUUGGAUGAGGAUGAGAUAAAGACUUUUAGGUCAAUAAUGGAGGAAUUGCCUUCUAUUCCUGGUAGACCAGUCAAUUCAUACAACACUCAUGUCUUGAAAGUCACAGAUUCCAGUGCCACAGAGAUACCGAAUCCUUCGGACUGCGAACCCUCGGCUGAAGAAGACAUGGUAAUUACCAUUGAUAAUGAUGAUGAACGAUACCGCCACGAAACACCCUUCUUACCCCGCAACGCACGAGCCGGCGAUAUGACCUACGCACUUGAGUCUUAUCGUCCUCUGACCUCUAAAAGCGCUGAUUCUCGUCAAUGA